ACGACCGACCCGGAAGUAAACUUGGACCCUUGAGCUCAUGAAAAGAAACCCGUUUACCCUCCUUUUCGACUGCCAUGUCAAGCUUUCACAAGACCUUGAUCAUUGACGGGAAAGGUCACCUUCAGGGCCGCUUGGCCUCGUUGGUGGCCAAGAACCUUCUCCAAGGUCAGAAGAUUGUGGUUGUGCGAUGUGAAGACAUCAACAUCUCUGGCAGCUUCUACCGAAACAAGCUGAAGUACCUGCAGUUCCUCCGCAAGAGGACCAACACCAAGCCUAGCCGAGGCCCCUACCAUCUCCGGUCACCCAGCCAUUUCUGGAGGGUCAUCCGAGGUAUGUUGCCCCACAAGCGUGCCCGAGGAAAAGAGGCUCUGGACAGACUGAAGGUGUUUGAAGGGAUUCCUCCUCCCUAUGACAAGAAGAAGCGUUUUGUGGCUCCCCCUGCCCUGCGUUCCGUGCGCCUCAAGCAGAACAGAGAUUUCUGCAAUCUGGGGCGCUUGGCUCAUGAGGUAGGCUGGAAGUACAAGGAUAUCAUCCAGACCUUGGAGGAGAAACGCAAGGCCAGGUCCUGGGAACGCUGGAAGGUCAAGAGAAGGGCUCUGCAACUGCGACGCAAAGCAGCCAAGAAUGUCAGGGCCAAGGUAGCGCCCUACCAGAAGAUCAUCCGUCAGUACGGCUACAGAUAAACAAACGGGGUGGUCAACUGUACCCAAACAAAUCAAGCACUGAAGUGCCUGAUGUCUAAAUAUCACUCCCGAGAGAAAAGUUUUUGUGCUUGAAAGUUGCACACGGCAGUCAUCAAGAUUCAUUUGUUUUUGUGGGUUUACGACAAGCUGAUAGUACAAAUAAAAGACAUUGCAAGGAAAAUGUGA